AUGCCACCACAGCCUCGUGUACAAGUAAUUAGCCGUACAUGGGUAAAACCCUCUGUACCAACGCCAAACAAUAAAAGCCGUACAUCACUUUCGGACUGGGAUAUUGUUAUGUUCAAAUCAUAUACGCCAUUACUAUUAUUUUACACAAAUAGCGAUCAAAAACCCGACUUCAUGAAUACAGCCGCUUUAACAAGCUCAUUAUCGAAUGUGCUCCAAGAUUUCUAUCCUUUAGCAGGUCGUUUAAUAGACAUUGGAAAUGGCAGGGAUGAAAUAGAUAACUGCGACGAUGGAGUUCUUUUUCAGGAAGCCGAGUAUCAAGGUGAAUUAGAGAAGUUUAAAGAGAAUGGUUAUCUUCCAAAUCAAAUGGAUUAUCAUCGUUUAUUUCCAAUUCAUUUUUAUUGCAAUUCACAAGACCCGUUAUUUGCAGUACAAGUAACUCGAUUUUUAGACGGCGGUGUUGCACUUGGCAUAAUGAUCCUGCACAAGAUUGCAGAUAUGUACUCGACGUGUUUUUUUUUGGAUGCCUGGGCUAAAAAUACAAGAGGAUUGGAUUACGCGAAAGCUCUAUACAGAAAAGACCUUAUAGCAUGCCCAAUAAAUGUAGCAGUAACGGAUGAAGCACUUGCUCAUUAUCGGGAAGAGCACAGGAUAACUAGAGAAGAUAUAUCUCACGUUGUACGCAUGGACCCAAACCAAAAAAAAUAUGCUCGAACAUCACCUAAUGGGCCUAUGCCGUUAAAAAGUAUUAUAUUAGAGUUUUAUUCGGACAACCUUCAUCAAUGUAAAAAAGAUGCUCAUACACCCGAGAUGAUUGCAAACAAAAACUGGGUGUCUACAAAAGAUGCCCUCUUUGCAAUGUUAGUAAGAUCUAUUGCACGUAGUCGACACGUUGAUCCAGAUACUCAAAUAAAAAUGAUAUGGUCUGUAAACGGUCGGUCAAAAAUGAAGUAUAACAAGGAUAUGGAAUACUACUUCGGAAAUUGGAUGAUCUCCCGUACAGUAUCUACUACAAAAGCCGAGAUCAAAGAAACCAAGUUGACAAAUACAGCAGUUACAUUUCGGCAAAAGAUGGGUAGUCUGAAAUUAGAAUUAUUUCACGGUCUAAGUAAAUUAUAUACAAUUCAUGAGGAUAUGACCGUCAAUUAUCUCACAUAUCAGCCAAACUCAAGUAUACAAUCUACUGCAAGUGAUGUGUCUAUGUUGCCUUUUUGGAGAAUUGAUUUUGGGUUUGGUCGUCCUGAUCGUACCAGGGGUUAUAUUACAUUUGGUGGCAAUGGCUGUUUGAUUAUUUUUGGCAGAAGCGAUGAAACUAAAGGACCGAUGUACGAUGUUCAAUUACAAAUGGAUGCUGACUCUAUGCACCGAUUUAUCAAGGAUCCUGAUGUCCAAAAAUACUCUACACAUAUACUCUAUUAA